AUGACCGGCAAGCUGGAGAAGAAGCGCAUAGCUAUCGUCGGUAGUGGCAUAUCUGGCUUGAGCGCCCUCUAUGCGCUCCGUAAUACCCAGCAUGAGGUGCAUCUUUUCGAGAAAGAGGAACGUCUGGGUGGUCAUACAAACACUGUAGCAUGGACGCACAAUGGCAAGAGUACGCCCGUGGAUACAGGCUUCAUCGUUCUCAACACCGCUACAUACCCGAACUUCAUAAAAUUCCUCUCAGCUUUGCAAGUCAAGACUGUAGCCUCAGAGAUGACUUUUGGUAUUUCUCGCGACGCUGGUGCUUUUGAAUGGUCUGGCACAUCAGGCAACGCGCUCUUUGCGCAGCCUGAAAACGCCCUCAAGCCCUCUUUCUGGCGCAUGAUCUUCGACAUCAUCCGGUUCAACCAGUUCGCCUUGGAUCUUCUGGCCAUAAAUCCAGGCUCACCUGCAGCUGUCGCCGCCACGGAGAUGAGCAUCGGCGAGUAUCUUGAAAGAGAAGGGUACUCAGACGUAUUCAGAGAUGAUUAUCUGAUCCCCAUGACAGCGUGUGUAUGGAGUACUGAUGCGGAUAAGUGUGCGCUGGAAUUCCCAGCAUUGACGUUGGUACGGUUCAUGUGGAAUCACCACUUGCUCAGUACGAUAGCAGAGAGACCACCAUGGUUAACUGUUGAAGGGGGGUCCAGCAAAUAUAUCGACGCUGUUUUGGAAUUGGCCGGAAAUUGUGAAGGUCAUCUUGGAACGCCGGUUCUGGCUGUGACCAGGAAGAACAGGAAAGUGGAGUUACGACUGGGCGGAAAAGGAGAGGGCAAGACGGAGGUUUUUGAUGAAGUGGUACUCGCUUGUCAUGGAGAUCAGGCGAGGUGGAUGUUAGGUGAUGAGGCGACCGCGACAGAGAAGGAGAUCAUGGAUGCGUUUGAGACUACGCCAAACACAGCAUACCUGCAUUCCGAUCUCUCACUCAUGCCCCAACGGCGUACAGCAUGGUCUGCAUGGAACUACAUCACCACAUCCAAACCCAAAACACCAUCGUACGCGAACCUGACCACUUCUUCGGGCGCUCUCGAGACCGUCUGCCUGACUUACGACAUGAACACUCUGCAGCAUAUCCCACGCGACGUUUACAACAAUGUUCUCGUCACUCUCAACCCACCACACCCUCCCUCGUCGGCUCUAACCCAGGCAACGUACCAAUACCGACACCCCUUGUACAAUUCCCGCAUGGUGUUUGCGCAAGAUCGCCUUCACGAGAUCCAAGGAAACCAAGGCAUCUGGUACGCAGGCGCAUGGACGGGUUACGGUUUCCAUGAGGAUGGUUGCCGGAGUGGGUUGCAGGUUGGGGAGGCGCUGGGAGGCGACGCCGGGUGGGAGGUGAUAGAUGCCAAGUUUAUGCGGGGAAGGAAACCAGUUCUAGAAUGGAAGGAUCACGUUGUGAGGAUGGUGAUUAUGUUGGUUCAGAUGUGGGUUAGUAUCUUGGAAGGAUUUGUGGGUGUGAGGAGACAAAAGGGUAUGGCAUUGAAGGCAAAUGGGAAGAAGCAACUAUAG